AUGAACCACUUCACAGCCGUAACCGCCCUAUCGCUAUUCGACGGCCCCAAAAACACCGAUGUCUGGCAGAAACACGUCCCAUUCGAAGCCGGCUCCAACCCAAUGCUGAUGCACGGCCUCCUGGCCGUCGCAGCCCUGCAUCUUGCAACAACCACCCUCGACUGCAAUAAUUACUAUGUGCGCGCACUCCACCACCACAGUCUCGGCCUGCAGCUGUUCAAAAACCAAAUCACCCACCCGUCCACCUGCACAGACAGCUCAGAUGCCCUCUUCACCUUUUCCGUCCUCCUGGUCGUCUGGGCCUUUGCCGCCCCUGUUGUGUCGAACAAUUCCCUCGCCAUAGACGACAUCCUCAAUUCCCUUGGCCUCAUACGCGGCUGCAAGACGCUCUUCCUACUACACCACGAAACAAUCCUCGAUCGGCCCGUCGGCCGGAUCCUCGAAAUUCAACCCCCGACUGAGGCCGCUAACGCAAUCCCAGUCCCAUCUGUACUAGGCGACGUAUUCAGGCACCUCCAGAGCAUGGCCCACCACGACCACGUCCAUCUUGACGCCAUCGAGGAUCUGCAACGGAUAAUAUUAAAAGCCCUGAACCCCGUCACAGGACCACACAACACCAACCUCGUCGCCGCGUGGCCGGCAGCAGUCUCGGAUGAGUACUGGGCGCGACUGCGACGUCACGAGCCUGUAGCUGUGUUAAUCUUCCUGCACUAUGCCGUGCUGUUGCAGUUUUAUGAAGACCAGUACUGGUGGAUGGCCGGAUGCUCGAGGAGUAUCGUCGACGUCGCUGAGGGCUCCCUGACGGGGGCGCAGAGAGAUGGUCUUGGCUGGACGGGUUGUUUAGAGCGGAUUGUCAUGCUCAAAGACGUCAGGUUUGCAAUGGGUAGUCCGGAGUCAUCCCCUACGACGGGAAAUAGAGUCUACCUAGUUAUGGACCUGGCCAAGAAGUCAGAGUGGUCUUCCUUGCAGUGUCUCUGGCUCGAUAUGCUCUACUCUUCUGCUGUGACUUAUUAUACCACUCCUACCUAUUUCCAUGGUAAUCCGAUUACUUGGCGCCGUGUCCGACUUUUAUCAACAAUAGCAACGUCGACAUCGCAUGAUGACCAUGACCACUACAUCAGAUACCACUGGAUCAACGGGGCCGAGGAACUUGAACGAUAUGAGCCCGGAGGCUACCACCCAGUAAUGAUUGGAGACAAACUGCACAACCGGUACAGCAUCGUCGACAAGCUAGGAUAUGGAGGCUACUCGACCGUCUGGCUAGCCCGGGAUACCGAGACAGGGCACUACGUUGCGCUGAAAGUCGGCACAGCGGACUCAGACUCGGUGACGCGCGAGAUAAAUACUCUGCGAUGUCUUGCAAGUCCAGGACAUGAGGCUAUUCCGACUGUGCUUGAUGAUUUCGAGCUCGAGGGGCCGAAUGGACGACAUCGAUGCUACUCCACUUCCGUCGCGGCAUGUAAUCUUCAGGAUGCGUCUUUUAGCGAGCUUUUCCCCAUUGAUGUUGCAAGGGCGAUAUCGGGCCGUCUAGUGCUUGCGGUGGCUUAUUUGCAUGAGAAUGGGUUCGUGCAUGGAGACCUCCACCUUCGCAACAUCCUGGUCAAGCUCCCCUCAAGCCUCAACCACCUCUCAAUCCAGGACUAUUACACCAAGUACGGCCAGCCCGGAACAGAGCCCGUAACCCGACGUGACGGGAAGGCCCUCCCACCAAACGUCCCCCAAGAAGCCGUAACCCCCGUCUGGCUCGGCAAGCACGCUAGAGACUUUAACAUCGCCGAUACAAACAUACUGCUCAGCGACUUUGGCGAAACAUUUGCCCCGCACAACGACAAGCAAAAAAGUCUCGCCAAAGACUGCCACACACCACUAGCACACCGACCCCCCGAAGCCCGAUUCGCCCCAACCUCCCCGCUCUCCUACCCAGCCGAUAUCUGGAGCCUAGCGCUCGCUAUCUGGGAGAUCCUCGGCAUGCAGCCCCUUUUCAGCGCAGAGUUGGCGACGGAAGACAACAUGAUCUGCCAGCACCUGGACGCCCUCGGAGCGCAUUCCAUGCCAGAGAGCUGGUGGAACGAGUGGACCGCGCGAAGCAAAUAUUUCGACGAGGGUAGAGAGCCCAAAGAAAGACGCGAGGUAUGGCCCAGGCCGCUGGAGGAGUCGUUUGAGGAGGACAUUCAGGACUGGAGAUAUCGGGAGGCGAAGUUUCAUCCCGGUGUGUUUGGGCCGGAGGAGGCGGCUGCUAUUGUUGAGCUUAUGAGGAAAAUGUUGGUCUUGAGGCCUGAGGGGAGGAUUACGAUUCGCGAGGUUCUAACGUCGCGGUGGAUGGUGGGUUGGGUGGUGCCUGAGUUGGAACGGCGCUGGCUUUGGGGGGAUAAGGAGGUAGAUAGCCUGAGUGAUUGGAGUGUAUUUCGGAAUCUCCGCUCGAUGUUGUAA